AUGACUGCACAGAUCCCGCCACUACACCUACAAAAUGUCCAGCGGGAACAUUCAGCCCUGCUGAAGUGGCCUAUUGCAGCCCUUGCAAUAUCGGUUAUUACAGUGGAGAAGGUGCCAUUGACUGCUCAAGAUGCCAAGGAGGAUACAACUGCACAGACCCUAGCAUCACACCAUCUCCGUGUCCAGCGGGAACUUUCAGUCCACUGGGGAUCACUGGUUGCAGUGACUGUCCUGCUGGCGAGAUACCACACCAGUGGACCAGGAGCAGAUAGCUGUAGUCGGUGCCCUGGAGGCCUGGACUGCAGUGUCCAGGGGGUCAGUCCGUCUAACUGUAAUGGUGGAACUUACAGCCCUGAAGGCACUGCUCUGUGCAUCAACUGUCCUCAAGGAUAUUACAGUGAACCUGGCAGCGCUAAUUGCAGUGUCUGUCCCACUGGCAGCGACUGUAGUUCCCAGGCAGUGGCACCAGGUGGCACUCCGCCGCUUUGUCCUGCCGGGAACUUUAGUACCCAGGGGGCAGAUGGUUGCACGUCUUGUGAAAUAGGCUUCUACAGUGCGGAAGGUGCUACCAACUGUUCCUUAUGCCCCGCCGGCCAACAGUGCCCCGUCCCGAGUAUAAGCCCUGUGAACUGUUCACCUGGAACCUACAACAAUGACGGUGAUGCUUUCUGUUAUGGCUGUCCGGAUGGAACGUACAGUACAGGAGGUUCCUCAAAUUGUACUAGUUGUCCAGAGGGUUAUGAUUGCACGGAGCCUUCAGUUGUACCAUCUCUGUGUAUUGCUGGGACAUUCAGCCAGGUCGGCAAUUCUGCUUGCCAAAGUUGCCUCACAGGUUACUACAGUACUGAAGGAUCUGGGACCUGUAGCCCUUGCCCGGCUGGAUCACAGUGUCCGGUACCAAACAUCUCACCAUUACUGUGCUCUGCGGGGACAUACAGUGCCGCAACAAGUGCUUUUUGCAUAGGAUGCGAGAAAGGGUACUACAGUGGGAUUGGCUGGAGUAACUGUACUGAGUGCGCGGCUGGUUAUGACUGCUCCGAUAGUGCAGAUAGCUCACCAUCUCAAUGUCCACCUGGGACUUACUCUCCCCAGGGUGUGACUGUAUGCAGUGUUUGUGAUGUUGGUACCUAUGCCGAUUCAAGUGGCGCUGAAUCCUGCACGUCAUGUACGGCUGGUUUCAACUGCUCUGACUCAAGUGCUAGACCAAUGCCCUGUCCUGCUGGUACCUACAGUGCAGAAAACACUGCUGCAUGUAUCUCAUGCCCUGCUGGACAAUUCAGUGCUUCUCAGGCCAGUUCCUGCUCGGUCUGUGCUGCUGGCUUUGACUGUUCAGAGCCAAGCCUCACACCAACACCAUGUGCUGCAGGCACAUACAGUGCAGAAGGCUCUGCUUCCUGCUCGCCCUGUUUGACAGGCCAAUACAGCACCGCACAGGCCAACAACUGCUCAACCUGCUCACCAGGAUACGACUGCUCUGAUCCAAGUGCAACACCAACGCCAUGCUCAGCCGGAACCUACAGUAUCUCAGGAUCCACAGCUUGUAUCCCAUGUCCAACAGGAACCUACAGUUUGGCCCAAGCAAGCAGUUGUAUCGUCUGCCCGGCUGGAUCUGACUGCGCACAGCAAGAUCAAGUACCGUCUGCCUGUGAUGGUGGAUUCUUCAGCGUAGGAGGGAACUCAACCUGUGUCCCAUGCCCAACAGGAACUUACAGUGAGCCAGGCUCCCAAACCUGCACCCCCUGCCCAGCUGGUAAAGACUGCGCUAACUCCUCUGUUGCUGCUGGGGUGCUACCCCCAGAUUGUCUGAAUGGCACCUACAGCUUACUUGGAGACACCACCUGCAGGCCGUGCCCAUCAGGAUGGUACCAGACAAGCACAGGUCAGUCUUCAUGCACAGAGUGUACUGCAGGUCAACGGUGCCCCCACCCUGGCCAGGCUGCUGAGGAUUGUCCAGCUGGGACAUACCAGAACAUCAAAGGCCAAACAAGCUGCAAAGAGUGUCCCUCGGGUUACUACCAAACCAGUGCCAAGCAGACGUCUUGUAACAUCUGCUCCGCAGGAAAGAAAUGUCCAUAUGCUGACCAAGCGGAAGUGGCUUGUACCGGGAACACAUAUUCUCUUCCUGGCCAGACAGGCUGUACAACCUGCCCUCCAGGGAAAGUCUGCAGUAGUGGUCAGAUAUCAUCCUCUUGUACGUCCGGCCAAUAUUAUACCGACUCAGCUUGCGUCACUUGUGAAAAUGGCUACUAUUGCCCAUCACCCCUUGCUGGGCACAUUCCAUGCCCAGACGGGACCUACACCGACUCCACCGGACAGACAUCAUGUACGACUUGCCCUGCUGGCAAGAAGUGUUACCCCACGUCUGCUACGCCAAGUAACUGUGAGGCCGGAUACUACAGUCCUGCUGGCCAGGGCCUUUGUCUGGUUUGUGGUUGUGGUACAUACAGCGCAAGUGGGGCUGAAUCAUGCUCAGUGUGCCCAGCUGGUCAGCGCUGUUCUAACUCUAGCACCCCUGUUGAUUGCAACGCUGGUGAAUACAGUCCUGCUGGGUCUGCUGCUUGUACACCUUGUGAAAGUGGCUACUACAGUGGGACUAAAGCAGGUGCCUGUUCGACCUGCCCAGCUGGGAAAUCCUGUGCGACUCCUUCAGCCACUCCUGCCAACUGUUCCUCUGGUUCCUACAGUUUAGGAGGAAAGGUUGUCUCAUGUACCACAUGUCCCGCUGGGUUCUCAUGCGGCGCUGCCAAUGCAUUGCCCGUUGCUUGUACGGCUGGGAAGUAUGCUGUGGCUGGUUCCUUGAGUUGUAGUCCAUGUCCUGCUGGACAGUCUUGCCUCGAUCCAGCGUCUGCACCCACCAAUUGCCCAAGUGGAUACUACAGUGCAUCCGGUGCAUCUCAGUGCAGCAUUUGUCCUGCAGGCUUCAGUUGUACCUCCAGCACAACUGCCGCUUGCAGCUCUGGCAAAUACAGCCGCACUGGAGAAACGACAUGUCAGAAUUGCUCCAUCGGGAAAAUGUGCCCGUUUGCCAACAUCUUGCCGAUCAGUUGCCAGAGUGGUUUCCAUACCAGUGGAGCUGAGAGUGCAACAUCUUGUACAGAGUGCCCUGCUGGAUCCUACUGUUCUACUCCUGAGGCAUCUCCACAGACUUGCAGCAGUGGAGAAUACAGUACACGUAAAUCGACCACCUGUACGAGUUGCCCUCCAGGGUACUCCUGCCCUACUACCAGCUCUUUCCCAUCACCGUGCAACGCUGGCACCUACUCCACCGGAGGUCAGACGUCUUGCUCGGGUUGUGAUGCUGGUUAUGCUUGUCCUUCGACCACAACUGCCAGUGAUAAAUAUGCUUGUGCUGCUGGAACCUACUCUGCUGGCAACCAGUCAUCAUGCACACCAUGUCCGGCUGGAAGUUACUGUCCGGUCACAACUGCGGCAACAGUCACUCCCUGUGCAUCUGGAUCGUUCUCAUAUUCGUCACAGACAUCAUGUACCCCUUGUCCGGCUGGAUGGCAAUGUCCAACAAACGAUGGCACCGGCAAUUCACAGUGUGAGAGUGGUUACUAUGCUCCUGCUAAUGCAACAAGCUGUGUCGAAUGUCCUGCCGGGAAAGCUUGUCCAAGCUCUGCCUCUGCUGUUGUCAUUGACUGCCAACCAGGAACUUAUUCAAUUGGAAAGCAGACGACAUGCACUUCAUGUCCACCAGGAUACGCUUGUUCAAGUAUCACGUCUGCUGCUAAAACUCUAUGCACAGAUGGUAGUUACAGUGCUGGUGGCCAGGACACUUGUACUCCAUGUCCUGCUGGCUAUGCCUGUCCAAGUAAAUAUGCUGACAUGAAGAUCAUCUGUGCUGACGGGACGUACUCAGUUGACAAGCAGAUAUCUUGUACAAAAUGUAAAGCCGGGAAGGAAUGUCCUAUGAGGAAUCAAACUGGAACGGCUUGUGCUGCAGGAAAGUACAGUUUGGAAGGAUAUACUCAGUGUUUUACAUGUCCUGCUGGUUACCAGUGCCGGAAUCAAGCCGCUGCUCCUGUCGUCUGCCUGGCAGGAGAAUACAGCUAUGCUGGUUCUCCCUCUUGUACUGCAUGUAAUGGUGGCUAUGCCUGCCCUGGAGGAAGUAUAUCUCCUCAACCAGCAACUGCAAUCUGUCCGUUAGGGUACUAUUGCGCAAACGGGAAAGAUAAAACUCCAUGCCCAAAAGGGAAAUAUGGUUACUUGACUGGACAGUCAUCUGAAGCAAAUGCCUGUAAGAAGUGCCCAAAAGGCUAUUUCUGCCCUGAAGGUACCACUGGUUCAUCUCUAAAUCCACCAAUUACAAACAAGCUGAUAUGUCCGCGAGGCCAUUAUUGCCCAGAAAGCACAGGUGACUACAAAGACCAUCCUUGCGCACCUGGGACCUACUAUAAGAACCUUGGAGCUGUAUCUGCUGAUGAGUGUCUCUCGUGUCCCGCAGGUAGGGUCUGCGCUGGAGGAACUGCUACACCCAACUGUAAAGAAUGUGUUUGUCCCCGUGGUCACUUCUGUCGACGGUCAACAGGAACAGCCACUAAGUGUCCUGCUGGUUCAUACACAGAAGAGGAGGGCGCUACUGGCGGAGAGUUCUGCAAGAACUGCCCAGCAGGUCAUUGGUGCGCAUCAGGAACUGCCACUCCAACCCCUUGCCUCCAAGGAACAUAUAAUCCAUACGUCAGCCAGCAGAAUGUUACUGGCUGUAUGUCAUGCGUCGCUGGUGAAUCUUGUACGAAUUUUGGCCUAACGUCACCAGAUCGGCCCUGUGCACCUGGAUAUUACUGUCCUGGAGGAAACUACCUUCCAAAUCAAACGGAAUAUGCCUGCCCACCAGGAACCUUCACCAACUUCAACAACCUGACAGCGAUUGAGCAGUGUGAGACAUGUCCACCUACUGUUGCAUGUUUAAUCGGCACCGGUGGCCAACAGAAACCACCUGUUGCCUGUGCACAAGGUCAUUAUUGCCCCAACGGUACUGGAAGCCCGACACAACAUCCCUGCCCCGCAGGAUCAUGGACUAACCUGACUAAUUUGCGUUCUGUGGAAGAGUGUUAUGUGUGUCCGAGAGGAUAUUAUUGUCUGGAAGCCACGGUUCUCCCUGCAGAAACCUGUGCCAAAGGUCAUUGGUGCCCAGAUGGUACAAAGACGGCAACAGAGAACCCGUGCCAUGCUGGGUCCUACAGUAACAACACUGGUAACACGGCAUGGGAGCAAUGUGUCGACUGUCCGGCCGGUCAUUAUUGCCCUGCAGGAUCCGCAUUACCUACUCCAUGUUCAGCGGGUACUUAUAAUCCAGACGAAGAAGGGAAGAAUGUCUCGGCAUGCGUUCCAUGUACAGCUGGAUCGUAUUGUCCUAUAGAGGGCGUUGCAGAUCCACUUCCAUGCGACAAAGGAAACUUCUCAGAUUCUGGUGCGGCCGUGUGUACGACCUGCGAUGCCGGACAUUACUGUGAUCUAAACACCACAAGUCAAGCAUACAUGUUGUCGGACAGGAUCUGCCCUGCUGGAGUCGAAUGUCCACCAGGAAUGGUUCAAGCGCCAGAUUUAGACAAUGAUAAGUGCCGCACUGGUUACUACUGUCCACGAGGUGAUGUCAAUCCAUAUCCAGUGCCAUGUCCAGUGGGGACCUUCAAUGAACAUUAUGGCUUGCAGAAGGUUUCUGAAUGUCAGGCGUGUACCGCUGGGGAGUACUGUACUCCAGCUGGAUUGUCUCAGCCGGCUGGACCCUGUCCUGGAGGUUACUAUUGUCCUGUAGGAACUGGUCUUUCCAACACAUUCCCCUGCCCUGUUGGCUUCUACCGGAAUUCAUCGGCGAGAGAGUCAUUCCAGGACUGUACAGAAUGUAUCUCUGGUUAUUUCUGUAACAUUGAAGGCUUAGCUGAACCAAUCAUUUGUCCAAGGGGCUAUUUCUGUGUGAGUGGAACAGUAAACCCACAGCCCUGUCCUCUUGGGACUUACAGUAACUCAUCUGGCUUGCGAACCUCUACCGAUUGUACUCCGUGUCCUGGUGGCUCCUAUUGUGAUGGUAUCGGAAUGACUGCUCCAACAGAUAUCUGCGAUGCUGGAUUCUAUUGCCGAGAAAAGGCCUAUACCUCUGCACCUCCUGAUGGCCCCACUGGUGGUCUCUGUCCCGCUGGUGGUUAUUGCCCAGCCGGUAGUGCUACACCCACAUCAUGCCCCGUUGGCAAGUACAGUAAAUCAGCUGGUGCCAAGACAGAGUAUGAUUGUAUCCCGUGUGACCCUGGAUUCUACUGUGCUGGCUCCAGUAGCACGGAUGCCUCCCAGAAGUGUACGGCCGGUUAUUACUGUACUGGCGGAUCUGGUAUCCCAACACAAUAUGAAACCAGUGCUGGGCAUUUCUCGGAGGAAGGUGCCUAUAAAGAAACUCCAUGCCCUCGUGGGACGCAUCAACCAGCCAUGAGGUCACCAUCUUGUCUCCAGUGUCCUCAGGGAUACUACUGCAAUGAAACUGGUAUGAUUGACAAUGUUAUCUGCCCGCAAGGAUCAUACUGCCCACUUGGAAGCAAGGUGCCCACGCCAUGCCCGAGAGGUACCAUGUUGAAAGAAGUCGGACGCUACGAGGAGGCUCAUUGCGACCCAUGCACUGCUGGACAAGCAUGCGAAUCUGUUGGACUCUCGGCACCAAAUACCAUGUGUGUACCAGGACAUUAUUGCAAUGAUGGUGCCAACAUAUCAACACCUGUGGGGAUGCCCUUCGGUGACCUCUGUCCACCUGGAUUCUAUUGUCCUGAGGGUACAGCCCAAUAUCAACACCACCCCUGUCCAAAUGGUACCUACAGCAACUACACUGGCAACUCUGCUGAGGACAACUGCACGCUGUGUGACCCUGGGAAAGUUUGUGCAGGAUCUGCUCUAACCACUCCUAAUGGUGUCUGCGAUCCGGGAUAUUUCUGUCGUCGGGGAGCAUACACGGCCCGCCCGAAUGAUGGCGGCUCGACCGGUGCCCCUUGCCCGAAGGGUAAUUACUGCCCACAAGGAACUGGUGAACCACUGACUUGCCCCCCGGGAAGCUUCACCAAUGUCACCCAACUCGACUACUGCUUUGAUUGUCCAGCAGGAUUCUAUUGUACCGAUGGUGAGAUACCGUUACGAUGUCCCAGAGGUCGCUACUGCCCUGAAAACACCACCAUCGAUCAGCCAAAAUGUCCACGGGGAACUUACAAUGCAGAGCUUGGAAUGUCUCGGGAGAGUGACUGUCAACAAUGUUUGGGCGGUUACUACUGUUACAAGAUGGGUGCCACCAGUUUCGAUCCGAGUGUGAAUGACACAGGCACAGCUGAAUGCGCGGCCGGUUAUUAUUGUAAAAUGGGUGUAAAUGUUAGCACUCCCACUCCCGAGACCACUAGUGGGGUAGGCGGGCCUUGUCCUGUCGGCCACUACUGCCCGAAGAAGACAGAAGAUCCUGUCCCUUGCCCGAGUGGAACUUACAGGGACACCAUACAAGCCACUGCUGUUGGCGAUUGUAUUGACUGUAAACUUGGACAAUAUUGUGGUAGUCCUGGCCUGAACGAUUCUACUGCACCGUGUGCUCCUGGAUUCUAUUGCCUGCGGAAGAGUAAUACACCAACACCAACAGGGUCUGAUUCUUCGGUCGGUGGUCCGUGCCCGUACGGAAGGUACUGUCCCGAGGGCACAUCAUACCCACUUGGCUGCCCAGCCGGCUCCUACCAGAAUCUGACAGGUCAGCCGACCUGUUUCAACUGUCCUGAAGGGUACUUCUGUCCAGAGAAUACAACGGAUUACUCUAAAUUCCCCUGUCCUGUUGGCCAUUUUUGUCCAAAUGGUACAACUUAUGGUGUAGAGUUUAAGUGCCCGAAAGGAUAUUACCGUGGUGGUCAGAAUGGUGUCAGUUUGAGCGACUGCUCUCCAUGUCCACCCGGCAAGUACUGCGGCUCUGAGGGACUGAGUGCACCAACUGCAGACUGUGAUGCAGGUUGGUUCUGUGUCAAUGCUGCAUGGUCCGCCCAGCCGUCUGACUACGACAACUUCACCCAUGGCAGCUGCCUCUGCCCGGGCAACUCAACAGGAGGGAAAUGUCAGCCUGGCUACUACUGUCCUACUGGGUCUGAGGAACCCAUUCUGUGUCGGGAAGGCAGCUACUGUGGCACAGCUGGGUUAGCGGAUGUGACAGGAGUAUGUGCGCAAGGAUAUUACUGUGCUCGCGGUGCCACCAAGCCCAAUCCAACAGAUGGAGUGACCGGGGAUGUUUGCCCUUCUGGUAGAUACUGCGGUACUGGUACCACCACCAAUCAGCCCCGCUGUCCCCCUGGAACCUAUUCCAACACAACUGGCCUGAAAGCCAUCUCGGAUUGCGUCCCCUGCGAACAGCGUUACUACUGUGGUUCCUAUGGUCUAACGGCACCGACAGAUCUUUGCGACGAAGGAUACUACUGCCCCACUGGACAGAACAUGAGCAGUCCAUUGGCAUGCAGCCCAGGUUAUUUCUGUGUGCGUGGAAGUUUUGUCAUGGAGGCUUGUCCAUCUGGUACUUACCAGGAUGAAUCCGCUCAAGGGUCCUGUAAAGAAUGCCUUGCAGGUUUCUACUGUGACAAGGCCAAUGCUCCAGUCACGACCUAUACCAGUUAUCCCUGCCCUGUUGGCCACUACUGCUUGAAUGGAACACAGUUGUCAACGCAGUACCCCUGUCCAAGAGGCACGUACAACCCGUCAACACAACUACAGAGUGAGGACCAGUGUACGCCAUGUGACCCAGGCUCCUACUGUGGAACACUGGGAAGGAGCAACGUGCAAGGUCCUUGUGAUGCUGGUUCUUGGUGUAAGAAUGGUUCAUCAGUGACAGCUCCCGUAGAUGGUGUUACUGGUGGUCCUUGUCCGGCUGGUAAAUACUGCCCACAGGGCACUGUGGUUCCUGUGCCCUGCCCUGUUGGAACCAUGUCAAACUCCACUGGAUUGUCAUCGGCUACGGAAUGUCCAGCAUGUCCUGCAGGAUAUUACUGUGACAAGACUGGAAUAUUUGAACCUGUUGGUCCAUGUGCACCAGGUUACUACUGUACAGGCAACACAACCAGUGCUACACCUAAUGACGGUGGUGUCACUGGAGCACCAUGUACGGUCGGUCAUUAUUGUCCUGGUGAAACAGCCAGUCCUGUACCUUGUCCAGUUGGGACGUUCAUGACCAACACACAAGCAGCUGUCUGUGAUGAUUGCACGGCUGGACACUAUUGCCUAGAUGGCUUGAACCUCAUUCAGUGUCCUGCUGGAUUCUAUUGCCCAUCUGGUACAGGAAAUGUGUGGAAGUCCUGUCCGUAUGGGACUUACAGCACCAACCCUGGAUUAGCUGCUGCCUCCCAGUGUACUGACUGCAGUGGUGGCUACUAUUGCAACAGAUACAAUGCCUCUGGACCCUCUGGACCGUGUGAUGCUGGGUAUUUCUGCACGUUUGGCUCAGACACCCCAACUCCUGAUGCCAACUUCACCGGCAAUGCUGGACCCUGUCCUGCUGGGUCGUACUGCCCACAACAAACAACAACACCUCUUCCAUGCCCUAUUGGUACCUACAGCAACAAAACGAAACUGACAAACUCAACUCAGUGUACUUUAUGUCCCUAUGGCCAAUACUGUGGGACACCUGGUCUCUCUACCCCUACUGGUCCAUGUGAUGGUGGAUUCUACUGUCUCCUUGGAGCUAAAGUACCCAACAACCCUGUAGUUGAUUCGACUGGAGGACCAUGCCCAUUAGGGUUCAAAUGUCCACCUGGAACCUCAUUCCCCUUGAGUUGCCCAGCAGGAACUUACAACAUGGCUGCAGGUCAACAAUCAUGCCCACUGUGUUCAAAGAACUACUACUGUCCUGUGAACUCGACAAGUUCUACAGCAUUCCCAUGUCCAGUUGGUCACUACUGCCCUGCUGGCACAGCCUAUGGGACUGAGUUCCCGUGUGAGAAGGGGACAUACAACAACUUCACCACAAAGGGUAGCAAGACGGAUUGCCAGCCUUGUGAUCCAGGAAUGUACUGCCCAACUUCGGGGCUGAGCAAACCUACUGGCCCGUGUAGUGAAGGGUGGUACUGUGUGCGAGGAUCCUGGGCAGAUCAGCCUGCAGACUAUGGUACCCCAAGCUGUGAUAACUCGACCGUCAACAUCAGCAGUAACUGCUACUGUCCAACAAAUGCUACAGGAGGCCAGUGCCAGAAAGGACAGUUCUGCCCCCUGGGAUCCAACGAGCCAAUGUCCUGCACUGAAGGAUACUUCUGUGACCAGAUUGGCCUUAGUAACGUCACCGGCAGGUGUGCGGCUGGUUACUAUUGUACCGGUGGUGCAACCCGUGCUGACCCGCAGAAUGACGGCACCGGUAGUGUGUGCCCUCGUGGAAGUUACUGUCCUGCCGGGACUGCUGUACCCAGCCCAUGUCCUCCUGGCUACUUCUCCAAUGCGACCCGUAAUACAAAGUUCGACGAUUGUCAGCCUUGCACAGCAGGAUACUACUGCCAAGAUUUUGGUCUUGCGGCACCUAAUGGUCUUUGUGACGGCGGGUACUACUGCCCAAGUGGACAGAACACCAGCAGCCCCAUCAGUAGGCAGUGUACUCCCGGUCACUUCUGCCCAGCAGGGAGCGUGGCCGAGCAGGCUUGCAUAGCUGGAACAUUCCAGGAUGAAUUCGCCAAGGACUUGUGCAAAGUGUGCCCACCAGGUUUCUACUGUGAUGCCACAUUACAGAAUGACACGCUGUGUUCUCACGGUGUCCAUAACCCUGAACCCUGCCCUGUAGGUCACUAUUGUCUCAAUGGUACAAGAUUUGCAACUGAAUACAAGUGUCCUGUUGGAACCUUUAACAACGUCACCCAUCUCCAGAGACUCUCCGACUGUACUCCUUGCACCGGUGGCAUGUACUGUGGCAGCGAAGGUCUCAGUGGCCCUACCAGUGUCUGUGCCGGUGGCUAUUACUGCACCAGUGGUGCGUCUGUCGAUAGCCCAACUGACAACACCACAGGUGCCAUCUGUCCAGCAGGAACAUACUGUCCACCUGGAUCGUCAAGUCCAAAGAAUUGUCCUCCUGGAACUUUCAAUGCUGCCGAAGGUGUUAUCAACAUGGGUAACUGCAGUCCUUGCAGUCCAGGAAUGUACUGUCCAGGAUAUGGUAACACUGCCCCACAAGGCAACUGUACUGCUGGAUACUACUGUAGCACCAGUGCUACUGUGGCCGCACCUGUUGAUGGCAGCAGUGGGGAUCAAUGUCCGAUCGGCCACUAUUGCCCUUCAGGGACUGGCCAACCGAUCCUAUGUCCGCCUGGAACCUUCACCGACACGUUGCAGAAUUCUCAAUGUCUUACCUGCACUGCUGGACAUUACUGCACGAAUGGAUCACACCCGCAAGACUGUCCUGCAGGAUUCUACUGCCCAGCUGGUACAGGUUACGUCUGGCAGUCUUGUCCUGCUGGCACGUACAGUUCCCUUACAGGUUUGGCUAAUGAGACACAAUGUACGACCUGCCCAGGCGGGAGCUAUUGUAGCGAGACAAACGCAACUUCUGUCACUGGACCAUGCUCACCCGGAUAUUACUGUUCCAGUGGAUCCAAUAUGGCGGCACCCUCAGGUGGCAACACUGGUGAUGCGGGAAUCUGCCCUGUCGGCCAUUAUUGCGAAUCAGGCACUGAUGUCCCAACACCAUGCCCAGCCGGAACCUUCAACAAUGCAACUAUGGCAAAAUCACUAAGCGGCUGCACAAGCUGCUUACCUGGGUACUACUGUAAUCAAGCUGGACUCGAAUUCCCGGUUGGUUUUUGCGAACCUGGAUUCUAUUGCCUUGGUGGAUCCAUCUCGUCUCGGCCUCCGAAUACAACAAGCACUGGAGGCCCAUGUCCUGCGGGCUCGUACUGCCCAGAAGGGUCCUCCAGGGAUAUCUACUGCCCCUCUGGGACCUACAGCCCAGCUCAGAUGAGCUCAAACUGCACGGAUUGCCCGGCUGGUUAUUACUGCAAAGGUGGAACUGUCACAUUUAUAGAAUGUCCAAAAGGUCACUAUUGUCCUGCCAAGACCGAGUUUGCCAUCCAGUAUCCUUGCAGCAAUGGAACGUUCAACAACAAGACUGCAGCAGAAGAUGAGAGCGCCUGUCAGCAAUGCUUGCCUGGUAACUACUGCCCCACGGUUGGUCUUGCUGAACCUGCUGGUCUAUGUGCAGCGGGCUGGUACUGUACUCUGGGAUCAUGGUCUGAUCAGCCUACGAUAACAGGAAACGCUACGGACGGGUGUGCUUGCCCACUUCUGAAUAUGGGAGGCAUGUGUAAAGCUGGAACGUACUGUCCCUCUGGUGCAUCUGCUCCAAUACCAUGUGAUCCAGGCUCCUACUGCCAAACGGAUGAAUUAGCAACCGUCACUGGUGACUGCCAGGCUGGCUACUAUUGUAAUGGAAGCACUAUUCUCCCCAACCCAGUCAGCGAUUUGACUGGUGAUGUUUGUCCGAAAGGUCACUAUUGCCCCCAAGCAAGUGCAUCACCAAUUGCUUGCCAGCCUGGUGAAUUCUCCAACAGAUUUGCCAACCAGAAUAAGAGUAACUGCUUGCCGUGUACAGCCGGGAAAUACUGCUCAGGAUAUGGCCGUGCUCUCCCUGAUUCAGAUUGUGAUGUUGGCUGGUAUUGUCCAGAAGGAAUGACUGUCCCACAGCCACCAGGCAAGCAAUGUUACGCAGGCCACCAGUGUCCAACAGGUAGCCCAGUUCAAACACCAUGUGAAGCAGGAUACUACCAACCUCUUCCAGAGCGUGGGGUAUGUCUGGUAUGUCCAGCUGGCCUGUACUGCGAUCGAAAUGAGGCUAUUUUGGAGCUGCAGAGUGGAACGAACGCAACCUCGCAUGGCGUUGUGACACCUAAGGAUUGUCCUGCUGGUUUUUACUGUCCAAACGGAACGGAAACCGCUCGUCAGAAUCCAUGUCCUGUCGGUACCUACAGCAACACGACAAAACUUGAAAGUGAAGCUGAGUGUCGUCUUUGCCCUGCAGGAUGGUAUUGUGAGGCCGAGAACAUCACGGAACCUACUGGUGAAUGUACGGCUGGAUACUACUGUGUGUUGGGUGCAAAGACGCCCACACCUUCCUUGUCUGCCAGAGGGGGACCAUGCGCUCAGGGUACAUACUGCCCACAGGGAUCUUACUGGCCAAACCUCUGUCCAAAGGGAACGUACGGCAAUAACGCCAACUUAGCUGCACUUACGGAUUGCACUGUGUGUCCACCAGGAGAAUAUUGUGCCUCGCCUGGAUUGACGGCACCAAAUGGAUCAUGUGAGGCUGGCUUCUAUUGUAUCAACGGCUCCCACAGUGUCGCCCCGGUGGGCCAGUCUUACGGUGAUGAGUGUCCUGUUGGCCAUUACUGCCCAGAACACAGCACAACACCACUAGCUUGUCCUUCAGGAACAUACCAGCCAAACACAAGGAUGACCAACACGUCUGCUUGCCUGUCAUGUGACCCUGGCAAGUUCUGUAAUGCGUCUGCUUUGGCAAACUACACUGGUGAUUGUGAUCCUGGCUACUACUGUAUUGGAGGCGCUUCAAGUUCUGCUCCUGUUGAUGGUACGACUGGCAACAUCUGUCCGAAGGGAUCUUACUGUCCCCAGGGAUCAACAACCCAUUAUUUCUGCCCGAACACGACAUUCACCGACUACCAAGGUGCUGCAGUAUGCCAGGACUGCCCCGCUGGAUAUUAUUGUAACUUCCGUGACAAGGCAAAGAUCUGUCUCCCAGGCUACUACUGUCCAUUCAAGAUUGGACUCCAGCAAUGUCCAGCCGGUACCUACAACCCAUUGACUGGGUUACAGAAUCUGACCCAGUGUACACAAUGUGAUGGUGGAGAAUACUGCCCUUACCCAGCCAUGAAUGAGACCCAGGGGCAGUGCUCAGCUGGUUAUUACUGCAAGACGGGUGUCAACAUGGCUGAACCAAACGGCACCAAUACAGGUGAUGGAGAUAUCUGUCCUCUUGGCCACUAUUGUCCCAUAGGAACUGUCAGUCCUCUACCUUGUGCUGCUGGAACUUACAGUGACCGUGUCGGCCAGUCUGUGUGCCAUGGAUGCCCUGCUGGCUAUUAUUGCCUACAGAACUCGACUGAACAUGCUAGUCAAGUGUGUCCAUCCGGCUAUUACUGCCCCAGUGGUACCACGAGUCCCUACCAGUUCCCCUGUCCCAAGGGGAGCUACAACCCGGUGAAUGGAAGCAAUGCGCCAGAAGACUGCCUCUCGUGUCCUCCUGGAGAGUACUGCGAAUAUGAUGGCAUGAGUAUGACAAGUGGCAAUUGCAAUGCUGGUUGGUACUGCACUGGUGGAUCCUGGAUGGCUGAGCCGCUUCAUGAAGGCAACUCAACAAACCUGUCUGAAUGUACCUGCCCACUUGCCAACUACACUGGUGGGAAAUGCUGGCCUGGUUACUACUGUCCAAGCGGCAGUGCCUACCCUGUCCCCUGCAGCCAAGGACAGUAUUGUAUGGGCUAUGGUAGGGCUACGCCAAAUGGUCCUUGCAAUGCUGGAUACUACUGUGAUGUCAAUGCAUCUCGACCUGAUCCGCCACACCGAGAGUGUCCUGCUGGAUAUUACUGCCCAGAGGGAUCUGCAACGCCAUCUGCUUGCCCUGCUGGUUCCAUGUCUGAUACAAUCAAGAACACCAACCUGACUGACUGUAUUCCUUGCACCGCUGGGUACUAUUGCAGUGGUCCCGCAGAUACGAAUGUCACCGGACCCUGUGCCCCUGGAUACUACUGCCCAGCUGGUCAGGUCACUCCAACACCAAGUGCUUACAACUGUACUAUCGGCCAUUACUGUCCGGGAGAGACUGGAUUACCACUUGCAUGCCUUGCUGGAACUUAUCAAGAUGAGAUACUGCAAAGUGACUGCAAGGGCUGUCCACAGGGAAGAUACUGUGACCCAAGUGAGGCGGCUGCAUUCUAUGGUGUACCAAGCCACGGCGUAGUGAACCCCGCCAGCUGCCCGGCUGGCUAUUACUGUCCCUUCAACACAUCCAGUGCCCACGAGUCGCCAUGCCCUGCAGGGACAUUCAGCAACCAGACCAACUUGUACCAAGACAAGCAGUGCACACCAUGUACUGGUGGUUAUUACUGUGGCUCUCUUGGUCAGACUGAGCCUACCGGUCUGUGUGAUGCCGGCUACGUCUGCUUCGUAAAGUGCAGCUCUGCCCGUCCUAUUGAUGGUAUCUAUGGUUACGAGUGUCUCCCAGGUUACUACUGCCCCGAGGGGUCAGACCAGGGCACCAAGUGUCCCCAAGGAACCUUCAGCAAUCAAACUGGAUUACAUAAUGUGACUGAGUGUGAGGCAUGCUCGCCUGGCAAGUACUGUCUCACAGAAGGUCUCACCACACCAACCAACUCCUGCAUUGGAGGCUACUACUGCAGCUCUGGAGCAAUCCUACCCAAUCCCAUCAGCCAGAGUUAUGGUGAUGUGUGUCCUGCUGGCCGCUAUUGUCCGGUUGGAACUGGUACCCCUAUUCCUUGCCCAAUUGGGACGUACCUGCCUGACACUGGAAAGGAGUCUUUAGCUGAUUGUAUUAACUGCCCGGGAGGGAAAUAUUGCGAUGUGGAAGGACUCACAAACUACACUGGUGACUGUGAUGCUGGCUUCUAUUGCACAUCUCGUGCCAACACUAGCUCACCAAUGGAUGGAUCAACCGGAGAUGAAUGUCCGAUUGGCAACUACUGUCCAGUCGGCUCACCGGCUCCUGUACCUUGUAGCCCAGGAUACUACAUGAACCGUACCCAGGCGGCUCUCUGCGAUGUCUGCCCAUCACGCCACUUCUGCGUUUCGGGCAACACAGCUGACCCUUGCCCUCUUGGUCGAUACUGUCCAGGCAAUAAUGGCUACAGUCAAGAACUGUGCCCACGUGGCACCUAUGGGCCUGUCCAGUAUUUGAAAUCAUCAUCAGAGUGCACACAGUGUGAUGGCGGGUACUACUGUGCUGUAGCAGGAGCUGAUAACGUCACUGGACCAUGCGCACCUGGCUACUAUUGUCAAUACGGUGUGGACACUGCUGCGCCCAGCAACAAUAAUACUGGAUAUGGCGAUGGUUGUCCUCUUGGCCACUACUGUCCCGAGGGAACAUCUGACCCCAUUGGCUGUGCCCCUGGAACCUACGCUGCCAUGACCCACCAGGCAGCAUGCACUCAGUGCCCUGCAGGAUACUACUGUGUUGCCAACUCGACCACGUACACUGACAAGCCAUGCCCGACAGGCUCUUACUGCCCAUUGGGUACUGGCUACUCCACACAGUUUGAAUGUCCUCCAGGAACGUAUAAUAAUGAGACAACAGCAAGCUCGGAAUAUGACUGUCUUCCAUGUCCUGCUGGUAAAUACUGUGAAGGAAGUGGACUGGCUGUCCCUACUGGCGACUGUGACCAGGGCUGGUACUGUACCCGUGGAGCCUACCAGAGCAAGCCUCUGCCGUACACUAACUCCAGCACCUUCUACAGUGUCACCACAGGGAGCUGCCCCAUUUAUGCCAUGAAUUUCACUGGAGAUGUCUGCCCAGAAGGCUACUAUUGUCCUGUCGGUUCUGAUGCACCCAAGCCGUGCCCACCUGGCCAAUACUGCCAAGGUGUGGCGAACCCCACCCCUGAUGGUGAUUGCCUGGCUGGGUUCUUCUGCAAUGGUACAGCGAUGACCAGCAAUCCGGUGCAAUGUUCGCCCGGCUACUACUGCCCUCUUGGAACACCUGUAGAGGAGCCAUGCAUACCUGGGACAUUCUCUAAUCGGUCUGGCAACCAAAACCUUACCGAUUGCGAGCCAUGCACAGCCGGGUCUUACUGUGAGAGUUACGGCCUCGCCCAGCCCACUGGUCUGUGCACCGCUGGAUAUUACUGCCCUGCUGGUCAGGCCUCUGCCCAACCAACCACCUAUGCUUGUUCUCCUGGUCAUUUCUGUCCAGCUGGCAGCCACAACCAGACUGGAUGUCCCUCGGGAACAUACCAAGCUCAUUGGAAACAGUACUCGUGUGUUGACUGUCCCAAGGGAUUCUAUUGCAAGGCACUUGGUGAUUAUGAAGACCUCGAUGCCUCGAAUGUCACUCUGAGCGGCAACUUCACUGGGCGCUUCAGGAGCUACCGAGGUGUUUCCGUGCCUACCGAGUGCCCUGCAGGAUCCUACUGCCCUCUUGGUAGUGAGUGGGGCCAGCAAUAUCUCUGCCCCGAGGGGACGUACAGCAAUGUGACUGGGCUGCACCAGGAGAAGCAGUGCACACCUUGUGACCCUGGCUACUACUGCCUUGGACAAGGCAACACUGCCCCGACGGCCCAGUGCUCCCCUGGCUACUACUGUACCAUCCAUGCCAGCAGCUCCACACCGACGGACAGCAUUUUUGGCGACAUCUGCCCAGCUGGCAAAUACUGCGUGCUUGGCAGUAUCACAGGUGUAGGCUGUCCAAAGGGAACGUUUAGUAACCGGACUGGAUUAACCAGUAGCACUGAGUGUGACGACUGUACCCCAGGAUUCCACUGCUCACAGACUGGCUUGACGGCGGUGUCAGAUACUUGCUGGGCUGGUUUCUACUGUAGUGGACGUUCCCCUGAAGCUGCUCCCAUUGCCCAAUCAUAUGGCGGCGUAUGUCUACCAGGUCACUACUGUCCUAAUGGAACUGACAUCUCUAAGCCAUGUCCCCCUGGUACCUUCCAGGAUAAGGAUGGCAUGGGUAGCAUCGAUGACUGCUUGUCAUGUAGCCCAGGGAAAUUCUGUGGACACUUCGGCAGAACCAACGUGACAGGCCCGUGCCAGGAAGGCUAUUUCUGUACGCUCGCUGCCAAUACCAGUGCACCCACAGAUGGAACCACUGGUGAUAUCUGUCCCACUGGGCACUACUGCCCUGAAGGCUCAUCUGCCCCGAUGCGCUGUGGAAACGGUACCUUCAUGAACCACACUGGGGCAUCGGCAUGUUACGUCUGCCCUGCUGGCUAUUAUUGCGUGAACUGGGACCGAGCAGACGAUUGCAAGGAAGGGUAUUAUUGUCCAGAAGGAACUGGUGCUGAUCUGCAGCCUUGUCCAACUGGAACGUUUGGGAACAAUACAAACUUGGUGAAAGAGGCUGACUGCACUCAGUGUACAGGUGGUCAGUAUUGUGGUACUCCAGGAUCGCCUAGCCCUGAUGGUGAUUGUCAGCCAGGUUACUACUGCGAGUACGGCGUUGAUACAGUGACUCCGACAGAUAGCUCCCCUCACAAAGGCGUGGGUGCCGAAUGUCCACCUGGAUCAUAUUGUCCUAAAGGAUCAGCUACACCAACGGUCUGCCCACCUGGGUCUUACAACUCUGAGAAAGGCAAGCCCUCAUGUCAAGUGUGCCCCGAAGGUUACUACUGUAUCUCCAACACCAGUGACCCUUACCAGGACCCAUGUCCAACAGGCCACUACUGCCCCACUGGAACCGAAUAUGGUGUUCAACACAAGUGUUCAUCAGGAACGUACAACCCCCACACUCACAUGUCCAACGCCACUGCUUGUCUGCUGUGUCCGCCUGGUCAGUAUUGCCCAGGACAGGGACUCACUGACCCAGCUGGCAACUGUAGUGAAGGAUGGUUCUGUACUGGAGGUGCCAGUUCAGACAAACCUAUUGUUCUGGGUAACUUUACAUCCAUUGAUGUGUGUACUUGCCUGGCUUACAACUAUACUGGAGGAAAGUGCCAACCAGGCACCUACUGCCCCAGUGGAUCUGCUGCCCCGGUCUCCUGCACUGGCGGAUAUUAUUGUGAUGACUACGAACUUGCUGCCCCAAAAGCCGAAUGUCAACCAGGAUUCUACUGCCCUGGAGGAAACGUUCGCCCAGACCCACCGGCAUUCCUCUGCCUGGCUGGCCAUUUCUGUCUCCAGGGAUCUGCCACCCCCACGCCAUGUCCCAACGAAACCUUCUCAAACGAAACUGGUAAUACUGAAGAGGCCAACUGUAAAGCAUGUACUCCAGGUUAUUCAUGUGAAGGCGUUGGCUUGAUUGCGGAGACCGGACCCUGCGACCCAGGAUUCUAUUGCCCAGGUGGCCAGGCUACAAGUUCACCCAUAGACUACACAUGCCCACAAGGUCACAAGUGUCCCACCGGCAGUGCAACACCAGUCAGGUGUGAGAGAGGUUCUUACCAAGCUGUCCCUGGUCAACCGAGCUGCGAUGCAUGCCCGACUGGCAAAUAUUGCGAUCCCUAUGAACUCGGCAAUGUCACUGGUGUGAUUUCACCAUCACCAUGUCCAGCUGGGUUCUACUGUCCACUGGCGACCAGGUUCUCUACCCAGAAUCCUUGUGAACCGGGAACGUUCAGCAACCAGACACAGCUGACCCAGCAGAGUGAAUGUUAUGACUGUACACCUGGAUACUUCUGCGGCUUCCCUGGUAAGACCGAGCCAACCGGUCCGUGUCUUCCUGGAUACUAUUGCGCAGGUCGCGCAAACAACUCUGCACCCACAGAUGGUGUCACUGGAGACAUCUGCCCGCUCGGCUCAUACUGUCCCUUGGGUUCAGCGAUUGGUACGCACUGUCCAGCAACGCGGUAUGGCAACACUACCGGUCUUACCCAGGCUACGGAAUGUCCGUUAUGUGACCCGGGAUGGUAUUGUCCGUCCCCAGGAUUGAUUCAACCAUUUGGGUAUUGCGAACAAGGACACUACUGUGAACUCGGUGCAAAUACUUCCAACCCGACUAAUGAGACGUACGGAUAUCUAUGUCCUGUUGGUCACUACUGCCCCACUGGUACACCAACCCCAAUGCCAUGUGAUAAAGGUUACUACCAACCAGGCCUUGGCAAGAGGAUUGAAAAGGAUUGUAUUCAGUGUACGCCUGGAUACUACUGUCUCGAGACUGGCCAGUCUGCUGUGAAGGGACAAUGUCUGCCGGGAUACUAUUGUACCAGAGGUGCUGAAGUGGCCAACCCAAAUGAUGGCUUUACUGGUGACAUCUGCCCAAUUGGCAACUACUGCCCAGAAGGCAGCAUCGCUCCCAUCAAGUGUGCAAACGCCACAUACAUGAACCACACAGGUGCGGACGUCUGCUACGACUGCCCGGCAGGCUACUACUGUACUACCGGUGACCGGGCCGAUCCCUGUCCACAAGGGUACUACUGUCCAUACCAGACUGGUGUGGGGAUUAUCCCUUGUCCUGUUGGAACGUUCGGAGCCUCUCCCAUGUUGUCUGCGGAAGCUGACUGCAGCCCAUGUCGUGGAGGAACGUAUUGUGAUAUCGCUGGUUUGGAUGCACCGGCUGGAAUGUGUAGCCCUGGGUUCUACUGUACGUCAGGUGUGAACAUUUCCAACCCUGAGACAGGCGUUCCACACACUGGUAUUGGCAACAAGUGUCCUGCUGGUUCAGAAUGCCCAGCCAACUCCUCAUACCCAACACCGUGUCUAGCAGGCACCUACACCCCCAUGGCAGGAUAUCCAACAUGCCUGGCAUGUCCACCUGGUUAUUACUGCAUGAAUGAGACCGUCAUUCCGACCAUCUGCCCUGUCGGUCACUACUGUCCCCAGGGAACCGAGUUUGACAUCCAGAACCCUUGUGCCGAGGGCACGUUCAACAACGACACUGGGGCGUGGAAUGCCACAAGCUGUGAGUCAUGCACCCCAGGUUACUUCUGCCAGGGUACAGGUCUGUCGCAGCCAACCGGACUUUGUGACGAAGGAUUCUACUGUAGUGGAGGUUCAUUCAAUAUCCGGCCAUUCGCUGUUGGAAGCCUCACAACUAUCAAUGGAACAGGAGCUGAGCUGACUUCCAACGAUACUUGCCACCCAACCUGGGACUGUGUGUGUCCAAGCUUCACCAUGACUACCGGUGGCCUCUGCGCCCCAGGAUACUACUGCCCUCAAGGCUCAGCUAAACCAUCUCAUUGUCCUGGAGGCAUGUACUGUGAGAGGCCUGGCCUGCCACUACCGACUGGUAAUUGCAGUGCUGGAUUCUACUGCAAUCUGACAAGCACUGUACCUAACCAGUACGUCUGCCCUCAGGGACACUACUGCCCUGUGGCCACGGCCGUACCAGAGCCUUGCCCAGAGGGGACGUACUCCAACACCACACACAAUGAUGGCCCUGAAGACUGUGUUGCCUGCCCUGGAGGACAGUACUGCCAAGGAAAUGGUAAUGUCCUACCCACAGGCUACUGCAGUCCUGGCUACUACUGCCCCGGAGGCCAGAAUUCCUCGAGUCCGGGAGACCUGCUCUGCUGGAAGGGACACUUCUGUUCCCUCGGUACCACAACACCGUAUCUGUGCGAUAACGGCACAUACCAACAGAGCCUGGGACGAGACACUUGUGACGUCUGUCCGGAGGGGUAUUAUUGCCAUGCUACAUCAGGCAAUACCACAUAUUGGAAAGGUCAUCCUGUGGUCAAUCCAAGCCCCUGCCCAACAGGCCAUUACUGCCCAACUGGAACUGCCUUGGAUACCUCCUUCCCCUGCCCAGUGGGCACAUAUGGUCCCGAUGAGAAGUACACCAACCUCGACAACUGUACGACAUGUACAGCAGGCAUGUACUGCGAGGCGGAUGGCUUGAGUAGUCCCACUGGUAACUGCUGGGCUGGAUACUUCUGUACUGGAGGAGCAGAGUCGCCAACACCUAUCAACCACAAUGUUGACUUGAAUAACAACUUGACCUUCACUGGCAAUGACAUCUGUCCUGUUGGGUACUAUUGCCCCAACGGUACAGCGUAUCCAUUCCCAUGCCCACGCGGCACAUUCUCGAAGGUACCACAGAUCAUGAGCCCAGAAGGAUGCGAGGAAUGUCCACCAGGGAGAUACUGCAAUGCAAGCGCAUUCAUCAAGGUCACAACUGCACCUAUCUGUGCACCUGGAUACAUCUGCACUGGUGGCAGUACCACACCGAUGCCAACAGACCCUGCUACUGAAGGUUACAUGUGUCCACCCGGGCACUAUUGCCCAGCAGGUGCCUUGGUCGAGCUGGGUUGUCCUAUCGGUACCUACCAGUCCAAUCGCGGCCAGGCCAACUGUACCAUCUGCCCGGCUAGUAGCAUGUGUCAUGAGAUGAACAUGACUGCCCCUGUGCCCUGCAAGACAGGUCACUAUUGUCCAAUGGGAGUAAUGCCACAACCCUGCCCACCAGGAACAUUCAACAACCAAACCGGUCUCAGCCUGGAGAGUGAAUGUAGCGACUGCAGCGUGGGAAUGUACUGUGAAGGCUACGGUAAUGUCGUACCAAGUGGUCUGUGUGAGCCUGGAUUCUAUUGCCAGGGUGGCGCCACUGGCCGCGUUCCAAAUGCGACGUCUGCUUACCCGCAGAAUGGUGAAUGUCCUGCUGGUCGAUACUGCCCAGAGGGAACUGCCUCACCACAGAAGUGUCCAACUGGAACUCUAAGGAAUGUCACGGGUGGCGCUGCUGUGGAAGACUGCCGUCCUUGUACUGCUGGUUACUACUGCGAGAAACCUGGGCUGACUGAGCCAACAGCUCAGUGUUAUGCUGGUUACUACUGCCCAGCUAAUGAUUCUACGAGCGUGCCAACACCUGCGGCUUACAUCUGUCCAUCGGGUCACUACUGCCCUGUGGGAUCUGCUGUCCCACUUGGCUGUCCAGCCGGUGAAAGUCAACCUAACCAAGGCCAGGCGGCGUGUGAUAAGUGUCCCGCUGGGUAUUACUGCAUCAGUCCAUUGGUACCUGACCCGCAGCCGUGCCCACCGUACAGCUAUUGCCCUGAGGCAACAAAAUACCCGUUUGCUUGUCCAAAUGGAACCUAUACCCUGGAUAACUCGACCAAGUUGAAGGACCCAUCAGAAUGUCUGUCUUGUCCCGCUGGAAGAUAUUGCAUUGCUGGUGAGAUUGUUGGCAACUGUUCAGCUGGUUUCUAUUGUAUGGCUGGUUCCGAUGAGUACACGCCUACUGGAGUACCACCAAACAUCAGCUCGCCAUGCUAUGCCCAAGAAGAAUGUGCUGGUCUCUGCCCAACUGGUCAUUACUGCCCAGAGGGCACAGAACUACCUGCCGCCUGUCCAAACAACACGAUACGCGAAAUACCUGGAGCAGCCCAAGUUUCUGACUGUUCACCAUGUCCGGCUGGUUUCCUCUGCCUCGCUGGUGACCCAGUAAAGCAUCCUUGUCCUGUUGGCCACUACUGCCUCCAGGGUGUAGCGCCAGAGGAGUGUCCAAGACUCUACUACAGAGAUAUAGAGGGAGCUGCUAAUGUUAGUGACUGCUUCCCAUGUCCUGCUGGAUUCUGGUGCAACUUCACUGGCAUGAGUGUGUACAACAACAGUGAUUGUCCGGUUGGCCACUAUUGCCCCGAGGCAAGCGAACCAAGCUGGUGUCCUGCUGGACGCAUGCGUCCGAUGCCAGGAGCUGGUGCACCAACAGAAUGUGAACUCUGCCGCCCAGGGUACUACUGUCCAAAUGAUACAGCAAACACCAUGGGUAUACCAUGUAAUGAAACGUUCGAAUGCCCAACAGGAGCUGCUCUGCCGGUAGAUUGCAGACUGUCCCAUUAUUGCCCUGGAAUCACCGGAAUGCCACCGAUCUGUCCUGAUGGGUACUAUUGCCCCAACGCUACAGAGACGCCCAUAAUCUGCCCCUACCCGACCUAUUGUCCUGUAGGAAGUGAUGCAAAGCAGAUUUGUCCCUUGGGCUAUGAAGCUUUGAAUCAUGCGGGACUUCGAUACCAGAAGUCCCAGUCGUGCCGCAUCUGUCCAGCAGGAACGUAUGGAAAUCACACCGAUCGUUUGUUCUGCGAGAAGUGUCCAGAGGGUUAUUACUGCCCAGAGGGGACGUCUGAUUACACCAUCUACCCUUGCCCCAUUGGGUACUAUUGCCCGCUCAUGACAGCCGAACCGUUACCCUGCCCUAUGGGAACGUAUGGAAACGUUGCUCUUGCGGUUACAUUCUCUCAGUGCUCUUCCUGUCCGACGGACACCUACAACAACUUGAUUGGUCAGUCCGCUUGUAGGCCAUGUGGUAGCUCUGCUAGUGCUGCAACUGGAAGCCCCACCUGUACUUGUAUUGGAAAGUUCCGAAGCUUCCAGCCGUCUGACGGAUCAUGUGAGUGCGAGUCAGGGUACAUAUUCUACAAUGCUGUAGAUGAGCUUGCCCAGGAGGGUAAUGGAGCCGAAGACUGUCAGCCUAUUGUGGAUAAUCGAUGUGCCACGGAUCAAGUCCGCUCGGCCAGUACCAGGACCUGCGUGGACGCGACCGCAUAUGACUGUACCACAGCAUGUAAUGGUGGUACGGGAAGCUUUGAUGUGGAGUUUGGAAAGUGUCUGUGUGAUGUCGUAACGGACCCCCUUGAAAUCUGCGAUGCCAACUGUCAGACUACUGCUCCCACCGUCACAACAUCAGUACUCUCUGAUGGAACCGUCGCUAUCACAAUAACAGACCCAGCGACUGGUAAUGUCACUACCCAGACUUUGACUGAUGUCUAUGGGCCAUCUGAGUUCACCAGUGGCACUAAGACAACGCAGGUGAUCAACUACAGAAGCACCGGAGCUGCCUCCCCAAUCUACACAGAUACGUCAGAAGCUGAAAGCUUGUUCACUCCUCUAAAUGGCGUUGCUAGACGUCGUCGUAAGAGGUCAACGACCCGUCAACUUUUCGCCGUCACCACGCCGUCGGAGAUAUCCAACCCCGUCCUCUGCCUCGAGCUCGAAGAAGUCGUCAUCUUCAAUAUUGAGAUAAAUGAUGUCAACCGGUCAUUGAGUAACUACCCUGUUUAUGUGAAGGACCAUCUGUACAACACUAACCCCACUUUCGACUACGGACCAUUCACACAACUAGCGUACUACGUCACGCAGACCAACGUCACCCUCAGUUCUUUCGCUCAUACUUUCGAUGAAGCUGGCACAUUCGUAUUCAGCGAUGCACAGAAUUCAGAUUGGGAACAAAUCAUUGUUGUUCGCCCCUCUGGAUCUACUUGUCCAUCUGGCACCUUGCGAGUGAGUGCACUCUCCGUCAACUCCCUGGUAAACAGCGGAGUCCAGAAACAGUCCGUGGCAAAUGAGGAGCCUGAUUGGGGAUUGAUCAUUGGUUUGAUUGCAUUCUUCGGUGCCGUUGUUCUCAUGCUUGUGGUGGCGGUGAUUGUAUGGCGGCCACAAGACGCUGGUAUCUAUCCCAUGAAGCACUGGAAGCCGAGAUAUAGGAGUCUUGGAGCCCCGCCACACGUCCCCUCAUAUCUGCUGCAUGACAAGGAUGCCUGGACAAACGACAAGUCCCUCCUUGGACCCAGGGUUGGUGGCGAUGGUGCUGAAAAAGAGGCUGUCGUGUGGAAGGGUGAAAAUGAACUUGAAGAGUUCAAUGUCCGCGUUUUCUACGAUAAGCUUGAAGACCAGAAUCUCCACCUUGCGUCACAGUUGGCAAAACAUCAAGAAGAUCUCCGUGGGUUCUAUGAACGCAUCAGCGGCCAAAACGACGAUCUGAAACGCAUGUUACAGAAUCUUGACGUAUCGCAACUAGAGGAGGCAGAGCGUCAGCGAAGUUCAGCUGAGGGACCAAGUGGUGCUAUCACCAACAUUAGCCCGACCAAUAUCAACAGACAAUAUAAAUUCACCAACGCUACUGGACGCGAGGCUGAACUGAUGUCAGCUCUACAACUGUUGGUUGAUAAGCUGAACACGGGUAACAUUCCUGUCAGCCCAGAGAUGCUCGAGAAGGCUCGCACUGGUGGCACUGCAACAGCAGUGUCUGCUGAUGCUGGGGUUCACAAGCGCUCGGACAUCCUCCGUAAACAGAACACCGAGAAGAUGCAGCUCGAGCGUGAGUUGCAGGAUGAGGAGGCGACACAGCUGGGAAGGGUGAUUGAUGAGCAGGAGAGAAAGGCCAGCGAGAAGAGGAAGAAGUUGGCCGACAGUCUCGCUGACAAACUCCAAGGAGAUUUGAGCGAGGCUGAGGUUGCUGCCAUCUUGGCCAACCACGAGAAGGACCUUGAGAGAAUCAACAGUCAGAUGGACAAAGACAAGCAGGCACAACUUGCUGAGGUCCGGAGGAAGCUGGCGGAGCGCCGCAGGAUGAAAGAGGCAAGACUACGUGAGAAGCAGGAGCAAGAGGGUCGUGAGGCGGGUCUCCCACCCCAGAUCACAACAACUGACACCGCAGAAGAGAAGCUCAAGGCAAAGGAGCUGAUGCUCAGGACCCUCCAGGCUGAAGAGAAGGCUGGUAUGACCCGCGCCGAGACAGAGGCUGGGAGAAAGGCAACUGAGGAACAGCAUAAGAAGAUGUCCGAUGCCCUCAAGGAACAGAUUGAAAGCCUUGCAGACAACGGCAUCAUCACCGAUGCAGAGAAGGUAGCCCUGCUCAAGAAACAGAUUGAUCUGGAGGAAGCCAUUAGGAUUGCCAUGGAGAAACGUCGCCAGAUGCAACUUGACAUGGUGCGUGGCCGCCUGGGCAAACAUCGCCGCAAGAAGGUCAGUGACCUGAAGGCCAAGCAGGAGACAGAGAGAAUGGAGCUUUCAACUCGAUUGAUCCAGGAAGGUAAACAUGAGGAACUAGAGCGACGUCUGUCAAUGAUGGACAAACGCCACAAACACGAGCAGACGGCAAUCGAGGCAGAGGAGGAUCUGGACGAGGCCGUCCAUAUCAAGAAGAUCAGCGAGUCCAUUGAUGAAGAACAUACUAAUGAACUCAAACAAGGUCACAGAAAGAUUAUGACUGAGCUACCUCAGACAAGCUCCAACAUUGACGCGAUCACACAACAGAGAAUCCUGGACCAAUACCGCAAAGACAUGGAAGCGUUCGAACAGGAUAUGCUGAACAGCAAGGAUCGCACCAUGAACGAGACAAGAGCCAAACUUGCUGCGCGUAGAGCUCGCCGUUUGAAGGAAGCAAACCGAUUGGCAGACGAAGAGGCGGCCAAACAGUUCAUCGCAGAGCAGAACCAGCAAAUGGAGCAGACGGUACAGGUCGUUGACCCCUCCAUUCAGAUGCCAGAAGUCAAGGUCAUGGAGUCAAUGGAGGAGAAGGCACUCAAGAAGAAACAGGAAGAAAGCAAGGAAGAGAUGCGCGGGCGUCACAACACCGAGCGCAGCCAGCUGAGCGACCGGCUGGAACAGGACACGGCCAAGGAGGAGCACGCUAUCAACAAGGAGUGGCAGUCAGAGAAGGAAAAGAUUCUUCAGGAGAAGCGCAGCAGACAGGCAGCCGAGAUCGCAUCAAGGACCGAUCUGGAUGAUGAUGCAAUGAAGGCUCUUCUUGCUCAGCAUGAAGAAGAGGUACGUGCUCUCUCUGACAAACUUGACUCAGAGCGUUCACGCCAACAGAUGACCAUCCGUGACAAGAUCGCCGAGAGGAAACGGCGCAGGAUGGAGGAGAUGCGGCGAAAACAGGAACUUGAGAUGACGAGAGAGAUGCUGGAGCAGAGGAAGGAAUUAGAUGAAGUCAAAACCAAAGUGGCGAAAGAAGCAGAGAAAGAAGCCAUCAAAGAAGGUGUGCGUGAGAAUGGGGUAGAGGACAGCGAUAAGGUUGUACGUGCCGUGCUUGCGCAGAGACAUGCACAGGAGACGCGUGAUCUUGAGAGCCGCUUUGCUGCCGAGAAGAAGCUGAUGAUUGAUGCUGCCGUUAGUAAGAUGCAUGAUGGUUAUGAAAAAGAGAGGGAGGAUCUGCAGAAGAAACAUGAGGCAGAAUUAGCAGCUCUCAAUAGAGAGAAGCUGUCACCUGAACAACUUCAUGCCAAACGCACCCAGCUUCUAAACAAACAACAACUUGAACUCUCUGACCUGGACAAGAGGAUGGCCGACGAGCAAAAGGAGAUUGAGCGUGGCGCCCUCGCUGAUUGGGAAGUGCGCUUCGCCAGGGCUAAGCUCGUCUUGAAGGAGAAACACUACAAGGAAUUCUCAGAUGCGCUGCGCGAGUAUUCACCUGACCACGACGAGGUCAAGUUGACAGAUGCGAAGAUCCAGGAAUUGGAAGAAGUCAAGAGGAAGUUGGAUAUUCAGCGUAAGGAAGCUGAAGAACAGCUCUACAAUGAGCAGAAAUCAUUUGAGGAUGAGCAGCGCGCUGUUCUGGAGGAGGAGCUUAAGUCCUUCAAUCAGCAGCUUGAGGCAGAUACGUCACGAGAGGAGGACAGGCUCCAGAGAAAUAUCGAUAUGUUGAACCAGCGUAAGGAGGAAAUGGUCAAGGAGAAGAAACAGAAGGUCAAGGAUGAGAUUGAGCAGCUUGCUAAUUCCGGUGCUAGCAAAGAAGAACAGGAACGCAUCCUUGAAGAACAUAACAAAGAUGUGCAACGCAUUGGCAACAAGAUGGAUGCCGACCGUCUGCGCAUGCAGAGCAAUCUCCAGGAUCGUCUGCGCAAACGUCGUGAGGAGAAGAUGAAGGGGAAGAAGAGUGAGUUGGAAGAGAAGAGCGUUGAGCAGAAGAGGGAGUUUGAGGAGAAGGUCAGGAGUGAGAAGGAUCGGCUGAAGUCAGACGAGGCCUUGACCUUGAAGGAAUGCCUCAACAUCGACUACUUGUCGUCACAAGAUUCGACCACAGUCGUCUACGAAGCUCCAGAAACUGCACCAGCAAACGUUACCAUGACAACCAACGUGAUGUCUGCUGCUCCUGAUAUGCCGGGAUCCUUUGCAAUGGCGGCACCGCUGAACGAGACUGAGCUGACGAUGUUGCUCAUGCAGUCUCCGCUUUACCAGAAGCUGGAAGAGAUCAAGAAGACAGUGGCGAAAGGUGGCUUCGGUGGUCGCAAGAUGGCGCCAGGUGAAGGUUAUUUGGAUGUACGAGACGCAGAAUGGACGAGCGACACAGAAUUAUCCCCAGUUGAUCUGAACAAGCUAAAUCCAAGGUCGUUCAUCGUCUACAAGUUCGGUAGCUUCAUCGCAGACCUUAUUUCAGCGCACUGUCAGCAUCUGCCUGUGACGCUUCUCCUGGCCGACAAGAUCCCACCAAAUAAUGAGCUUGCCCAUAAUGCCUAUCGCAACUCGUUCCAUUAUGAUGCCAAUAAUCAUAUCCUGUACAUGAGAACAGCCAGGCUUGACUCGGUUGGAGAGUUUGUCCUAGUUUUGGUGCACACAUUGGCCCAUAUCAAAUCUGGUGACUUGAGAGAUGACACGAACCCUGAUUUCUGUAAGGAGUUCUACCGAGGCCUAACAGUCGUCUGCGAUGAUCUGUUCUUCGCUCGGUACCGCCGGUCAUCGUCCUUGAUAAAAUCACUAGCAGAAGACACCAAGACGGUCAACAUGGAAAAAACCGCCAGUGCCCUUUUGGAAGCCAUGUUUGGUGACAGUCAUACAGAGGAGGAGAAGAACCAGGUCAUUGAUGAACUGUUGGACAUCAAACUUUUGCCGUCAACUGAUAUAGAAGGUGUCCAUUUUGACAAGGAGAGACUGAAAGACAGACUUGCCAAGUAUUCCAAGUUUGCCAUCGGAAACAAACUGCACAGUCACCUUGGAAAGGUCGAGGAUAAGAUUGCACAGGCGAAGAUACAUGGCACUAUGGAUGGAAAUGAUGCACAGCUGACCAAGUUACAGAGAUCGUCUGCAGCCUCAACCUCUGGUAAUACGAUGCUGACCAGAAAACUCAGCCAACCAGCUGCGAGCAUGGCAAACAUGACUGGUACUGCCCUCUGGCAGAAGUUUGUCAACAAUAUGGAGGCAAAACAGACGGCUGGUGGUCGUAUCCAACAGGUGGCUAAGGUCGCUAAAACACAAGAUCUCUACAAGAAAUUCCUAAAGGAUGAAGUGCAAGACCUACAGGACCGCGUCGACAGCCUGAAUGGUGACUUCUCUCAGAAAACGCAGGAGGCUUUGAACCUCUCCGAGAAAAUACAACAGCUGAGGGACGAGGUUACCAGCCAGACAGACCUGGUCUCGAAGGCAACAGGUGUUGUCCAGGGCAAGGAGAAAAUCCUUCUGAAGGAGACAAGUAUGCAGCUUGGAUUGGCCCAAGAACAACUGAUCACGAUUCAGUCCAAAAAGGCGCAGAUUGGUGACCGUCUUGAGCGGACGCAGACACAACUUGAAGUUAAACAGCAACAGUUGGCUGGAUACCAAGAGCAUAAGAAAUCUGUUGGGGCACGAGUUCCUUUGGCCAAAUCCUCCCCUGGAAAAGCUGUACGAACAUAGACAUUUUAUCCAAAUUGACCCAGUCUUCAAGUGGAAAGACAUUCUAUCCAAAUUGACCCAGUCUUCAAGUGGAAAAGCUUGUCAUCAUUUGAUAUCUUCCACAAAGUACAUGUAACUACCACAGGAAACGAAUAUUGUAUUAGUCAGAUAUGUCAAAGGUUGAUUAGAAAGCAUGCUAGUGUAAGCUUUUUGAGAUAUCAUAUUUACAACCUGGCCCAUUUAUAUCUUUAUUUUUGUAUGCAUUGGUAAACAUGAACUUAGUAAGGAUGAUUUUUUAUAAAGCUUAUGGUGAUAUUUGUCAUUAUCAACAAUGCCGUCCGUCAGUUUCUGAGAUUUUGUAUUAUAUUUUUAUCAUGUAUUUAUAAUUGUAAUAUAUUCAAAGACAUUUUCAUUGAAUUUAAACCACUGAUCAAAGAGCAAUCCGUCCAAUCAAACACAUGACCAGAUAACCAGUAUCCUGAUAACAUUAGUUAAAUAUAAAUUACAAAUAAUUUAAUUUUUGUACGAAAUUUUGUGCUGUUUUAAUCUCAUGUUGUCGAGAAAUGUGGCUCAGAAAUCCAGAGAAGAUAUUAUUUUUCGUCAAUGCGCUGGAAGCAUUGUUUUUGUAUUGAGAUGAAUAUUGGUAGAACAGAAGUUGUUGUUGUGUUUGCCUGUAGGUAGAAGUCUCAUGAGCAGCCUUGCGUUGUCUUUGUGAUAAAUUUGUAAGGUUUUCUGUGGUCACUAGUCACUUCGCGAUUUAUAAUUCUGAGAUAAAGUAUAUUAAUAA